AUGGGAUUGAAGCACCAAGCUCCCAAACCUUCCUCCAAAUUUUUCUCUUUCAGAUAUUCAACAAUUUUCACAUUGAUCCUACUCUUCACAUCCUUCUUCCUCUUCCUUGCAUCCCUUAGGAACGUUCAAGAACCCUUUUUUCGGGUCCAUUUUCCCCAAUUCAAUGGUGAUCUUAGAGAUGCUAAGUUCCCUUGGAACCGGCUUUGUUUUGGAACGACAUACGAAAGGCUCAAGCUCGCCGUCUUCUCCAAGACGUGGCCUGUUGGCCCGGCUCCAGCAGUGGAGCGCCAUGCUUCGACUUUGUACCAUGAGCUUGCUGAGGGCCACAAGAUUCAUGUCUUCACCGUGCCUUCUGGCAGGAGGGCACGGUGGGACAUACAUGAAGGUAACCUUCAUGUGUAUUUUGCAUCCAAUAAUCAUGGCUCUGUUAACAUCUCUUUAGCAUUUGAAAUUUUCAAUAAAGCCAAUGCGAAUACGGCGUUUGAUUUUGUGCACACCGAGAGCGUUUCGCUGCGCUGGCGUGCGAAAAUGGUUACGAAUGUGGCUGUCACUUGGCAUGGGAUAUGGUACGAAAUUAUGCACUCCAAGUUGCUGCAAGUGCUUCUUUUGAUUCCGAAAGGGUGGCAGCUGGCAGAGCCGACAGCAGAGCUUCACGAAGCAAUGCCAAGGCUUGUAGAGGAAAUUUGAUUCUUUAGAAGCUACACCCAGCACAUAUGCACAAGCAGUAGUGCCGGUGAGAUUCUAAUGAACAUCUAUCAACUCCCCCAGAGAAAUGUACAGGUCAUACUCAACGGGGUUGAUGAAACAGAAUUUACCCCGGACCAAGAAGCGGGUGCAAGGUUCUCUGAAAAACAUGCAGUGCCUUCCAAUGCGAGCAUUGUGAUGGGAGUUGCAGGGCGGUUGGUGAGGGACGGAGGGCAUCCGCUUCUCUAUGAGGCCUUUUCUUUGAUUGUGAGGCGCCACCCCAGUGUUUUUUUACUUGUAGCAGGGGCAGGUCCUUGGAGAAGAAGGUACGGCGAAUUAGGCCCAAAUGUAAAGAUUUUAGGAGCACUGGAGCCUUUGGAGCUGUCUUAAUUUUACACUGCGCUCGAUGUGUAUGUGAAUCCGACAUUGAGGCCUCAAGGGCUUGCUACAUUGACCGAAGCAAUGCAUACUAGGAAACCAGUUUUAACACCGAAUUAUCCAAGCAUUGUUGGGACUGUGGUUGUAGAUGAAGAAUUCGGAUACACAUUUUUGCCCAAUGUCAAGUCUUUCAUACAGGCAUUGGAGUUGGUGAUUAGAGACGGAUCUAGUGUGCUGAAGAGGAAAGGCCUGGCUUGCAAGAAAUAUGUGGUUUCGAUGUUCACUGCAACGAAAAUGGCAUCAGCAUACGAACGCUUCUUUCUCUGCAUGAAGAACGAAAAGUAUUGCCAGUACACUCUUCCCACCGAUUGUUAG